CGGGCCCCCCGCCGCGAUGCCGAGCCCCCGGAGGAGCGCGGACGGACGCCCGCUGGCCGCCUCGGCUUCGAGCAGCAGCAGCCCCGGCAGCCCGGCCCACGGCGGCGGCGGCGGCGGCGGCAGGUUCGAGUUCCAGUCGCUGCUCAGCAGCCGCGCGCCGGGCGCGGACCCCACCUGCGCCCGGCUCCGCGCGUCCGACAGCCCGGUGCACCGCCGCGGCUCCUUCCCCUUGGCCGGGGCGGGCCCCUCGCAGGCAGCCCCGGCCCCGCUGCCCGAGGAAGACCGCAUGGACCUGAACCCGUCCUUCUUGGGCAUCGCCCUGCGCUCCCUGCUGGCAAUCGACCUGUGGCUGUCCAAGAAGCUGGGGGUGUGCGCCGGGGAGAGCUCGUCCUGGGGUAGCAUGCGGCCCCUUAUGAAGCUGCUGGAGAUCUCGGGACACGGCAUCCCUUGGCUCCUGGGGACCCUCUACUGCCUGGCCAGGAGCGACAGCUGGGCCGGGCGCGAGGUGCUCAUGAACCUGCUCUUCGCCCUUCUCUUGGACCUGCUGCUGGUGGCCCUGAUCAAGGGGCUGGUGCGCAGGCGCCGCCCGGCUCACAACCAGAUGGACAUGUUUGUCACCCUCUCGGUGGACAAGUACUCCUUCCCCUCGGGCCAUGCCACCAGGGCCGCCCUGGUGUCGCGGUUCAUCCUGAACCACUUGGUGCUGGCCAUUCCGCUGAGGGUGCUUGUGGUCCUAUGGGCUUUCAUCGUGGGCUUCUCCAGGGUCAUGCUAGGGCGGCACAACGUCACUGAUGUGGCUUUUGGCUUUUUUCUGGGCUACACGCAGUACAGCAUCGUGGACUACUGCUGGCUUUCGCCCCACAGUGCCCCGGUCCUCUUUGUACUUUGGAACCAACAAUGACACCAUCUCAUUCAUUAUGGCACCCGGAGUUCUGAAGGUUUCCUCAUGCGAUGAAGCCAGUGUAAGCCAGAGGCAAUCCCGCUUGUCCCUUUAAGGACAUUUCAAGCUUCGUUUGGGAUUUCAGGUGUCAUUCCAUCUUGAUGGGUUGUUAGGCUGGAGAACAUGCUGGCCAUUAUGACCACAGCCAUAUUACAGAAAGCAAAAAAAAAAAAAAAAAAGCCCUCUAUUACAUAUUUAUUCAAUGACUGCUUAUAUCUCCAGGACAACUGCAAAGAAAACAAGCUGGGGUGACUGUAAUCGUGCUGUGUUUUAAAACAUGACAAAAGUAAAUUUGUGUUUUGUAGUAAUCCUUAAGUAUCACUUGUAAAGUGAACUUCGAAAAAAAAAAAACCUAUGAUCUUCAUUCUGUAAAUAUACGUGCAGAUACGCCACCUACUAAUACUAGGAUGAGGUAGAUUUUAAACAGUAUUUUAACAGUCUAAGACAUAGGUUCUUCUCAUUUAUUCCCUGAAAACCUGUUGCCACGGUGUCUUCUUAAUCCUGAUUUUCUUGAUAAGCUUUCUUAGUCUCUUCCAUCUUUGUGGCUUGGUAGUGAUAAGAGAGAUUAUAGUACAUAUCUUGCUUUCCUUUCCCUCUACCUCCUCAAAAACUGUUUAAAUAGGUAUUUAUUUCUCAUUUCUCUCUAAUGGUAUCUUUUUGCAUUUAGAGAACAAGCCUAGAACUUACUUGAAGAAGAAACAUUUAAAGGUGGGCAUAACACAGUGCUGAUAGAAAAGGAAGGAUGGGGCAAUGGCCAAAUGUUUAAUUCUGUUGAUGACAAAUAGUGUGGCAUGACAGAGGACAGAAAAGCUAACGAAGGCUAUCAGGAACUAAGAGUCUGGGGGUGGGCUUACCAUAUACUAUGUCCGUGGGCCAGUAUGGCGGGAGAUGGGGCUCUGCUGCCCAUCAUCUUUACUGAAUAAAGAUUACCUCAACUGAGGUAAUGGGAAAAUAAUGGUUCUUUGCAGUGCAAGGGCACAAACUUUCUCAGAGCCACCACAAGGAUGACCCUGUCUAUUAGAGUUUUUCAUAUGGAAUUCCACUUCCCUGUAUACAGCACACUUCAGGUAACAGUAUUUACUUGAAAUUCAUCAGGAGAGCCCACUGCUAUACCAGGCACAAGGUGUAACUAACUCCUAAAUUUCCCUUUACAUUGACCUUCACAUUUAAAGCAGUUUUUCCAGGAUGCCUCCCCAAAUCACAAGACCAAAGACCACCAAAUGCAGGAUGGACUCUAGUCAUUAUUCUUUGACCAGGGAAGACCAAGAACGGAAUGUGCUUUAAAUGCUGUUCUACCUGAAAAAUGAGAGAACUUUUGAAUUACCUCUGGAACUCGUAUUUUCAGAUGAAAAAAUUUUGACAUGUAUAAAGAGAGAGGAUUAUGGCCUUUGAUCUGUCAGGUAGAGGGCCACACAGGAAUCUGGAGAAUGGUGUGACAUGUGGGCUCUGACUGGAUAGAAAUGUGAACUUUCUGAAUGAAGAGGCACACGGAGGAACAGCUACUCAAAGUAAAAUAAAAUCAUUUGUAUUCCCACAACAUCCUGAACACAGACUACCUCUUCUCUCGCUGAAUCAAACUGUAAAGCUCUAAGUGAUUUGCUUUAUUGUUUAAUCUUAGAUCUUUUGUUUUAAUCCAGCAAUAUUCAGGUCGGAUCUUUUUGAAAGUAAUGAUACUUAUUUCCUUUUGCAGUGUUCAUAAGUCUGAAUAUUGGGGGCUCACAAUUAGUUUUAUCUUCAGGUUCCUGGUUAUACUUCUGGAAUUCCCUGUCUUAGCUGAUGCGGACCUGAGUUUGCAGGCUUUUAAAGCACAGAUCAAUUCAACUGAUGUCUCUGAAACACUCUACCAUAGAGUAGAAAAUUAUUUUACUGUAAAUUAAUUGUACACUAAAGAAUGCCUUUUAAAAAUUAAAAUAAACCAGUAAUGUUGAAUGAA